AUGAAAUGGACAGAUGAAGAAAAGAAGAAGGUUGAACUCAAUGCUAAGGCAAUCAAUCUGAUGCACUGUGCGAUCAGCUUUGAAGAAUUCAGAAAAGUGUCAAGGUGUAAAACAGCGAAAGAAAUCUGGGAUAAGCUCAGACUCACUCAUGAAGGCACUAAGCAAGUAAGGGAGACCAGAAUUGACAUGCUGAUGAAGGAGUAUGAAAUGUUCAGUAUGAAGGAAGAUGAGAGCAUCGAUCAAAUGUUCGAAAGGUUCUCGAUAAUAAUCAACAAUCUGGACGCCAUGGGAAGAAGCUACUCCAAAGAAACCUUGGUAAGAAAGAUUCUGAGAAGUCUUACUAAGAAAUGGGAAGUGAAAAGCACAGCCAUCUUGAUGAGCGGAUAA